UGUAAAGAUGAGACCUUCAAAGAUGGUCACGCUGGGUUUGGUAGUUCUACUUCUCUGGGAAUGUGUUCAUGUGGUAGAGGGGACACAGUCUUCAUCCAUACGUCUGGACAGUCAUCUUAAGUCUGUCGAUGUUGGAGACACGGUGACUCUGCAGUGCUUCUACCAAGUCACUAUGUCAAUCCACCUUUCUUGGUACCGACAAACCCUAGGAGAUAAACCCCAGCUUGUAUCUACCAUGUCGAAGUCUGGACAACAAUCUAGACUGCACAAUAAGUUUGAGGACAAUCCUCGCUUCUCUGUACACGGUGGUGAAGGACUAAAUCACCUGAACAUCUCAGAUGUCCAACCUUCAGAUUCAGCUAUGUACUUCUGUUGUGAAUCCUUCCCAAAUAAGGUGGAAUUUGCUGAUGGUGUCUUCCUUAAUGUAAAAGGUCCAGGUUCCAAUACCAACGAAGUUGUCCAGCAGCCAGUGUCUGAUUCCAUCCAGCCAGGAGACUCUGUAAUUCUGAACUGCACAAUACCCACUGAGACCUGUCCUGGAGAACACAGUGUCUAUUGGUUCAGACAUGGCUCAGGAGAAUCCCAUCCAGGAAUCCUUUACACCCAUGGAGGCAGGAGUGAUCAGUGUGAGAAGAGCCCUGAGGCUGGGUCUCCUACACAGAGCUGUGUCUACAACCUCCCCAAGAGGAACCUCAGCCUCUCUGAUGCUGGGACUUACUACUGUGCUGUGGCCUCAUGUGGGGAGAUACUGUUUGGAAAUGGGACCAAGCUGGAUAUAAAGUCACGUGGUGAAGACCAGAUGAGAAUCCUGGUGCUUCUCUCCUUCAUGAGAACUGGAGUUCUCUUCUGCUGUCUGUUCAUCGUUAUCAUCUUCUGUUUCAUAAAGAAAUCCAGCUAAGGGUGAUAUCCAUCUCUCUGAGCUGUACUUUGUCAUGUAUGUCUUACUUAUGUAAUUCUUAUCUUAAUUGAUUUGCAGUGUGUAUAACAUUUUAUGUCUGAGAAUCUUUCCCCAAAAAGCAUUUUUGUAGAUUUUUGGGGGAUUGGUUCCAUAGAACCUCAGCUGGC